AUGUGCACUACAAAAAUGAGCCUUUCACCUGUUUGUGUGGCACAAUCAGCUGCUUUUCGAACCCUCAAGCCGUUUCUCUCCACAAGAGCUGUCUUUUGUAUUCGUUCAAAUACGCCCAGACUGUUCUCGACGAGCUCACGUCUCCAAAAGAAAGGAGGUAAAGCUGCCAGAGAGGAGAAGCAGGCUGCUUCAAAAGACUCGAAGGAUGCAUCAAGCGAAGAUCCAUUUGAUUUCUCGGCUCUCGAAGCAGACAUUGCCAACUCGAUCGAAAGGCUGAAGAAUGACCUAUCGAAGCUACGGGCUGGUGGACGUUUCAAUCCUGAAGCAGUGGAGAGUCUUCGAGUUCAGCCAGACAAGAAUGACAAGCAGACUUUCAAGCUGAGUGACCUCGUACAAGUCAUUCCGAAAGGCAGGACUGUGCAAGUACUUGUAGGGGAGAAAGACCAUGUCAAGCCAGUCUCCUCAGCGAUCCAGGCAUCAGCACUCUCUCUGACACCUCAACCCGACCCUACUGGAUCGAACCCUCUUAUGCUGGUCCUGAACAUUCCACCGCCCACCGCAGACUCUCGCAAGGCCGCAGUCGCAGAGGCCACCAAAGCCGGUGACAAGGCUACCACAAGCGUAAGAGAUGCGAGAGGAAAGCAACAAAAGAAGAUGCGGGCAAUGCAAUUGAACAAGAGCGCGAGACCUGAUGAUUUGAAGAAAGCGGGCAGUAUGAUGGAGAAAGUCGUGGAGAAAGGUAGCGACGAGCUGAAGAAGGUGCUAGAUAACGCUAAGAAGGUCCUCGAGAGUGGGUGA